GUGCACGGAGCUGAUUCAGAGCACUGACACAUUGAAGCUCAAGCUGGAGGCUUGCGAGCAGGAGCUUCGGGAUGAGAGGGAGCGCGCCCUCCAUGAGCAGCAGCUGCGACUCACGGCGGAAGCGGAGGUCGAGAGGUUGUCCAAUGGCGGCUUGCGCGAUGACCAUGUCUGCAAUGUGUGGCAGAACUCAGCAUGGAACGAGGAGCCAGCCAGGAGAAGAGUGAGUUCUUGCAGCACCGCAGCCUGCGAAGACGAAAUCGACCAAGAGAUGGCGGAUGAAGAGUGCGCAGGGCAAGAGUCUACCGUGUCCGAG